AUGAAGGGGUCUAGAACCUUUUUCAGAGUCGCUUUGGCAAUUUUCAAGAGCAGCGAAAAGGAAAUACUCAGUCUCAGCGACCCGAUGGAGAUUUUCCAGGUGGUGCAAUCUGCACCAAAAAAACUUAUAGAUGCGAGUGCUCUGGUAGACGAGUGUUUCACACGGCGAUUCAGGCUGACCCAAGCCCGCGUCGAGGAGCUUCGUGCCGCCCGUAGGACCGCAAUCAGGGAAGAAAAGGACCGACUUUCAAUGCUGGCUAUUAGGGGGAACGCCCAAUCUGGAUCCAAUGGCCUGUCCACUGCUCGGGCGACAACCCCAUUACCUACAUCUUGGAGAAACCUGAAACACACGUUUAAAUGA